UCUAUAUUAUAUUUUCAUUUUUUUUAAAUGCUCUCCCUCUCUCUCUCUCUCGACUAUUCCCUUUGUAACAUCCACACAGAGAGACAACCGACGAGCGGAAGAAAAGGAGAAAACCCAUCGUCGCGAGCUCAGGUUGCGAAAGUUCUAAGCGAAUCAGGAGGUAUUAGAAUUUCUAGUGGAAGUAGUGAAAUUCAACGAAGGCGUGUUCAUGUGAAACUUUUAAGUGUCCAUUCGAGAGGACCGGUUGAGUUUUAGAAAGAGAAAGAUGCUGAAAAGCACAUUGGACAGAAUUGUGAGGAGUCAUCGUAAUGUUACUUCUAGUUGCAGUAUCAGUAUCAGUAGCAUCAGCGGAGUUCCCAAAGAGAAGGUAGAUUGCGUGGUAAUAGGGGCAGGUGUGGUGGGAUUGGCAGUGGCGAGAGAGCUUGCUUUAAAGGGCAGAGAGGUGUUGGUGUUAGAUUCAGCUCCCACCUUCGGCACUUCCACCAGCUCCCGCAACAGCGAGGUCAUCCAUGCCGGCAUCUACUACCCGACCCAUUCCCUCAAGGCGAAGUUUUGUGUUAGGGGAAGAUAUUUACUGUACAAAUAUUGCUCUGAACACAAUAUUCCUCAUAAACAAAUUGGUAAACUCAUAGUUGCAACUGGGUCUUCUGAGAUUCCCAAUUUGCAUAAUCUAAUGCAUCGCGGGAUUCAAAAUGGAGUUGAUGGUUUGGUAAUGAUGGAGGGUUCAGAAGCCAUGAGAAUGGAACCUGAAUUGGCAUGUUUGAAAGCCUUACUAUCACCGCUUUCUGGGAUUGUGGAUACACAUUCGCUCAUGCUAUCUUUGGUGUAUCUAUCACCGUUAAUCCCCAUAUGGGUGCAGGGAGAAGCUGAAAAUCAUGGCACAACCUUCUCCUAUAAUACUACUGUUAUUGGUGGCCAUAUUCAACAAAAUCAUCUAUGCCUUCAUGUUUCUGGAACCAAAACCCUUGAAAAUUGGAAUAGAAAGUUUCCAUUGCAACCAGAGAUGAUACUUAUUCCUAAACUCGUUGUGAACUCUGCCGGCUUAAGUGCCCCUGCCCUUGCAAAGCGAUUUGAUGGCCUCCGAACUGAACAUAUUCCUCCUUCCCGUUUGGCUCGUGGAUGCUACUUCACUUUAUCAAAUACUACAAUCUGUCCGUUCAGACACUUGAUUUAUCCUCUACCAGAGGAUGGUGGACUUGGUGUGCAUGUUACCCUGGAUUUAAAUGGUCAGGUCAAGUUUGGCCCUGAUGUAGAAUGGAUUGAUGGUGUUGAUGAUGUUUCAAGCUUCCUGAAUAAGUUUGACUAUUCUGUAUGUACGAAUCGCAAAGAGCUAUUUUACCCAGAGAUAAGGAAGUACUACCCAAAUCUAAAGGAUGGGUCUCUUGAGCCAGGCUAUGCAGGGAUUCGACCGAAGCUUUCAGGUCCUCGACAGUCUCCAGUUGAUUUUCAGAUACAGGGGGAGGAUGUUCAUGGGAUAACUGGUCUCGUCAACCUUUUUGGAAUAGAGUCGCCCGGUUUAACUUCAAGCAUGGGAAUUGCAGAGCACGUAGCAACGAGAUUCUUCAGGGGGUAAGGAACCCUGUCUGAAGAGGCUAAAUCUGUUACAACCAGAUCCCUCGGCUCUUCUCAGCUCAUUCCUCCCGUCUCUCCCUCUUUCCUCCUCAUUCCUUUGUAAUACAAAGUUUGUAUCUACUUUUACCAUUUUUAAGCACUUGUGAUAUGUAAUUAUUCUCUAGUUUCUAAAGUGUAGUGGUUUGGAUUUAUUGUAGUUACGUAAAACAAUCCUAUUUAUGCAGUUGGUGCGUGUUCAAUAA